GGCUCUCCUAGAACAUUUUUCAGACCAGAGCUUCUCUUUAAAAGGCCAGCACAAAUGUGAGCACAGCCCCAUUCAACCAUGAGAGCAGUGGUGCUCGCUCUGUCUCUGGCCCUAGUGGCUGGACAAACUGUCAACUAUGCUCCUGAGUUUACAGCUGGCAAAACUUACGUGUACAAAUAUGAGAUGUCCAUCAUGAGCGGUCUGCCUGAGGAGGGUCUGGCAAGAGCUAAAAUGAAUGGCAGCUGCAAAUUUCUCAUAAGUGCUCUAGACAAAAACAUGUAUACCAUAAAGGUUGAUGAUCCCAUGAUGCAUGGUUUCACCAGCAUUGGGCCGAAGGACCAAGGAGAACAAGUUGAAGAUAUCCCAAAAGCAUUUACACCAGAGUGGACUACUCCCAUCAAGUUUGAAUACAGCAAUGGCAUUGUAGGAAAAAUCUAUGUGCCUGAUGAGUUCUCAGAUAUAAUCCUGAACUUCUACAAAGGCGUUCUGAGCAUUCUUCAGCUUAACAUCAAAAAGACACACAACGUUUAUGAUCUCCAAGAGGAUGGAGUUCAGGGCGUGUGCAAGACCUUCUACUCAGUAAAUGAAGAUGUUAAGGCUGAACGCAUCCUCCUGACUAAAACCAGGGACAUGAACAACUGUCAGACAAGGAUCUAUAGGGACAUGGGGUUGGCAUACACUGAGAAAUGUGACAAGUGCCAACAGGAAUCAAAGAAUCUAAGGGGUUCAACAUCAUACAGAUAUGUCUUGAAACCAGUUCCCAGUGGUAUCAUGAUCCUGGAGGCAGAUGUAAAUGAGUUAAUCCAGUUCUCACCAUUCUCUGAGGGUUAUGGAGCUGCUCAAACAGAGACCAGACAAACCUUCGUCUUCCAAGAGAUUUUGGAUUCCCCCAUUGUACCCAAAUCUGCUGAAUAUCAUCACCGCGAAUCUCUCAAGUAUGAGUUUUCUGAUGAGUUUGAGUGGACACCCCUCCAGUUUGUCAAGGUCACUGAUAAACAGGCCCAGAUUGAGGAGCUUCUGGAUCAUCUAAUUAUCCACAAUGCUGAGAAGGUCAAUGAUAGUGCGCCUCUGAAGUAUUUGGAAUUAAUUCAGUUUUUACGUGUUGCCCACAAUGAAGACCUGGAAGUGCUUUGGAACAAGUACAAAACUAUGCCUUCUUACAGACUCUGGCUCUUGGAAGCUGUUCCAGCUUCUGGAACCACUACUGCUCUCAGAUUCAUCAAGGAGAGAUUUGAAGCUGAAGACUUAAGUGUUGUUGAGGCAGUCAGAACCUUGGCUGCAGCUGUUCACAUGGUUACAGCAAACCCAGAAUCCAUCAAGCUUUUUGAGACCCUGAUGGAAGACAACAAAAUCAAUGCCAACCCAGUUUUACGCGAGAUCGUCUUCCUCGGCUACGGCACAAUGAUUUCCAAAUAUUGUGCUGAGUCAGAUGCAUGUCCUGUUGGGUUUGUUCAGCCAAUCCACAAGCGUCUCUCAGAGGCCGUUUCAAAGGGAGAGACAGAAGACAUCAUCUUGUAUGUGAAGGUUUUGGGAAAUGCAGGACACCCCAGUAGCCUCAAGUCAAUCACAAAAAUUAUGCCUAUUCACGGCACCGCUGCUGCAUCUCUGCCAAUCAGAGUCCAUAUUGAAGCUAUUAGGGCUCUGAGCAACAUUGCAAAGAAAGAAUCAAGAAUGGUCCAGGAACUGGCUCUUCAGCUCUACAUGGAUAAGGCUCUAGACCCAGAACUUCGUAUGCUCUCAUGCAUUGUCCUGUUUGAGACCAAUCCUUCACUGGCACUGGUUUCCACCCUCGCCAAUGCUGUUAAGUCAGAAGAGAAUUUGCAGGUUGCCAGCUUCACAUACUCUCACAUGAAGUCCAUGAGCAGGAGUGCUUCUGUUAUUCAUCCAUCAGUGGCUGCAGCUUGCAAUGUUGCCAUGAAGAUCUUGAGUCCAAAGCUGGACAGACUGAGCCUACGUUUUAGCAAAGCCGUCUAUGGAGAAGCUUACAGCAGCUCUUUUAUGCUGGGUGCUGCUGCUACCGCUUUCUACAUCAACGAUGCUGCCACCUUCCUGCCAAGGUCUGUUGUUGCCAAGACAAGAGCCUUCUUUGCUGGAGCUGCUGCUGAUAUUCUGGAGAUUGGAGUGAGAACUGAUGGACUGCAAGAGACCCUUCUGAAAAACCCUUCAGUUCUUGACAGUGCAGACAGAAUCACCAAGAUGAAACGUGUUAUCAAGGCGCUGUCUCAGUGGAGGUCCUUGCCCAACAACAAACCUUUAGCUUCCAUUUAUAUCAAACUGUUUGGACAGGAGAUUGCCUUUGCAAACAUCGAUAAACCCAUGAUUGAACGGGCUAUUGAGCUGGCCAGUGGACCCUCUGUUCAGGAUUUUGGCAUAAAAGCUCUAAGGACUCUGCUACUCUCUGGUGCCAGUUUCAACUAUGCAAUGCCAGUAAUGUUUACUGAAGUACGACGUGUAAUACCCACUGCUGUUGGUGUGUCAGUGCAGCUCAAUCUUUACUCUGCUGCUGUGGCUGGAUCUGUUGUAAAAAUCAAACCAACUCUGUCGCCACAUCUGCCUGAAGACUUUCCACUCUCUCGCCUUCUGGAAACUGACAUCAAGCUUGAGAGUGAGAUCAUACCCAGUUUUGCUGUGGACACCUAUGCUGUGAUGGGAAUUAACAAUCCUGUUUACCAUACAAUAAUUGUUUCAAGAGCUAAAUUUAACACAACUAUACCUUCCAAAAUAAAUGCAAGACUGCACAUUAAAGAGGGUGACUUUAAGAUAGAAGCACUUCCUGUUUCUGUCAAUGAGAACAUCACAGAUGGGAGUCUUGAGACCUAUGUAGUGAGGAGGAACAGUCUUGAUCCCACAGCUGAAAGAAUCAUUCCAAUCUUCAGAAGAAAGGUUUUGCAAUCCAUCUCAAGUCAGAUUCUUUCAAAUGAGGAUUAUUCUGCUGAAAUGUCCUCAGAAAUCGUUGAAGAGGAAGUUGUUGAGCAAAAGAUUCCACUCUUAGCCAAGAGAUACUGUACCAAGUACCGUGCCAUUGGACUCAAAGCCUGCUUCAAGGUUGCCACUGAAAAUGCUGCUUUUAUCCACGAUACUGCCCUAUACAGAAUGAUUGGAAGUCAAAAUGCUUCCUUCUCUAUAACACCAAUUGAAGGUGAAGCAGUGGAGAGACUGGAGAUGGAGGUUAAAGUUGGAGCUAAGGCAGCAGAGAAGAUCAUUAAGCAAAUCAACUUGAAUGAUGGGGCAGCAACAGUGCUGUCCAAGCUCAACAAAAUCCUGGCUUCAAAUAAGAACCACACUUUAUCCUCCUCCUCAAGCUCCAGCAGCAGUUCUUCCUCGAAGCAUUCCUCCAAAUCCUCAUCCUCAUCAUCUAUCUCUUCCUCUCAUCAAAGUAGCAACAGCAGCAAGAGCAGCAGCAGUAGCAGGAGAACUAGCAGCAGCAGCAGCAGCCGUAGCAGUAGCAGCAGCAGCAGCAGCAGCAGAAGCAGCCAUAGCAGUAACAGCAGCGGCUUGAGCUCCUCAAGAUCUUUCAGCAAUUCUUCUAGUUCAAGCUCUGCGUCAAGCCUUGCUUCACUCUUCAGUGCAGAAUCAAGUUCUUCUCGUGACAGUGCUCGUCGUUCAAUGCAAAAGGCCAAUUCUCACAGGUUUAGGAAGAGCCACAAGAACCAGACUUUGUCAUCAGAAGAGCGUUCUAGAAGCAGAAGCAGUGACUCCAGUUUUGAGGCCAUUCACACAAAGAACGAAUUCCUUGACGAAAGGGAUGCCGCUGCUGUUGUUACUGUCCGUGCUGUCAGAGCUAAUAAGAAAGACCUCGGAUACCAAGUUGUUGUUUAUGUUGACAAACCAAAUGCCAGACUUCAGAUCAUCCUGUACCCUCUGUCUGGAAGCAACUGGAAGCUGUGUGCUGAUGGAGUUUGGCUGAGCGAACACAAAAUCACAGGCAAGCUUGCCUGGGGAGCUGAAUGCAAAGAAUACAGCACCAUGAUCACCGGUGAAACUGGUCUGGUCAGUUCAAGCCCUGCAGCUCGCCUCAGAGUGUCCUGGGAAAAACUACCCUCCUACGUUAAACGCUAUGCAGAGAAGGCUUAUGACUACGUGCCCAACAAAAUGCUUGCUGACUUGAUCAAAGCAAAGAGUGCAAACAGCUCCAGGCAGCUCUCUUUCACUGUUGUUGCAAAAUCUGAGAAGUCCAUUGAACUUAUUGCAAAAACACCAAGGCGCACUUCUUACAACAUGACUUUACAUCUUCCCAUCACCCUUCCACUUCAAGAGCUCAAAACCCUUACCCCCUUUGAGGAGGUUAUUGAUAAAGUCCACUACGUCUUUGCCAAGGCUGUUGCAGCUGAAUGCAGUUUGAACAACAACACACUCAGAACAUUUAACAACAGAAGAUAUAAGAACAAGAUGCCAGAGUCUUGCUACCAGGUUCUUGCACAGGACUGUACUGAGGAGCUGAAAUUCAUGGUCCUACAAAUGAAAGACUCCACUGAAAAGAACCACCUCAAUGUUAAGAUUGCUGACAUAGACAUUGAUCUGUACCCCAAGGAGGAGGAGGUGCACGUUAAGGUCAACGGAAUGGCAAUACCUCUUACCAGCCUGCCAUACCAGCAUCCAACAGCUUCCAUUGAGAUCAGAGAAAAUGAGGAGGGAGUUUCUGUGUACGCAGCCAGCCACGGGCUUCAUGAAGUCUACGUGAACAAGACCUCUUGGAGGAUUAAAAUCGCUGACUGGAUGAAAGGCAAGACCUGUGGGCUCUGUGGAAAGGCUGAUGGGGAAGUCAGACAGGAUUAUCGUUCACCCAAUGGACGCUUGGCCAAGAACUCUGUCAGCUUCGCUCUUUCCUGGAUUUUACCAGCAGAAAGCUGCAAAGAUAACUAUGAGUGCCGAAUGAAGUUUGAAUCUGUUCAGCUGGAGAAGAAGGUUAAUGUCCAUGGUCAAGACUCCACAUGCUUCUCUGUUGAACCUGUGCUCCGCUGUCUGCCUGGCUGCUACCCAGUCAAAACUAUCUCCGUCAACGUUGGCUUCAAGUGCUUUGCUGCUGAUUCCACUUUGGAUCCCAGUAACAUCUUUGACAGCAGUGUUGACCUGAGGGACUCUACAGAGGCUCAUCUUGCCUGCAGCUGCAAUUCUCAAUGUUCUUAAUUCUUUUUUAAGAUGACCUUGUAUGUCCUUACGUACUGAGUAGAAAUAAACAAAUAGUUUUUUGCAAAA